GGGUCGCGCCCCCGAGGUCCCUGGGUGGGAGCCUCGACCUCUCGGCCUCGGAUCGCGCAGCCCGAAGAUGUCGCGGUGACCGAAGUGGCCCCUUCGCGACGCCGUAGGCCCGGCGGGCCGUGCGCGUGUGAGCUGGGGCGGCGGUUUGUGUGGGCUUGCUGGGCCGGCCGCGGGCGCCGGGCUGCGGCGCUGCGGGGCUGCGGGUCACCUGGCUCGCCCCGCCGCUCCGGGCGGGCGCGCCUAUGGCGUUUCGAAGGUGACGCUGCCCGCACUGACUACGCGGCGGAGGAAACACCUAUGAACCCUUCGGCGACCUUCCUCACCCGGCGCCAGGACAUUGGGUCAGAAGUUGAGGUUUCCACUAUUGAAAAGCAACGGAAAGAACUGCAUCUGCUAAUUGGAGAAUUGAAAGAUCGAGAUAAAGAGCUCAAUGAUAUGGUCGCAGUGCAUCAAAGACAACUUCUUUCAUGGGAAGAGGAUCGGCAGAAAGUGUUGACUUUGGAAGAACGAUGCAGCAAAUUAGAAGGUGAACUACAUAAAAGAAGUGAAAUAAUAAAGUCACUCACGAAGAAGGUAAAAAUCCUUGAAUCUAAUCAGAAUGAAUGCCAAAUGGUUCUUCAGAAGACUCAAUUACAACUUCAAGAAAUGGCUCAAAAGGCAACCCAUGCUUCUCUCCUCUCUGAAGACCUUGAGGCUAGAAAUAACAAUCUCAGCAAUACAUUAGUGGAACUUUCUGGUCAGAUAGGACAAUUACAAGCUCGGGAACAGGCACUGACUACAAUGAUAAAGCUAAAGGACAAAGAUAUUAUUGAGGCAGUCAAUCACAUUGCAGACUGUUCAGGGAAAUUUAAGUUGUUAGAACAUGCAUUACGUGAUGCCAAGAUGGUGGAGACUUGUAUUGUGAAAGAAAAGCAAGAUUAUAAGCAGAAACUGAAAGUACUUAAGAGUGAAAUUAGUAAACUAAAAGAGGAGCUGAAUGAAAAGACAAUGGAAAAUAAUGAACAACGAGAAGAAAUCAUUCGCCUCAAACAAGAGCAAAGUUGCCUGCAUGAUGAAUUGGUUUUUACUGUGGAGAGAGAAAAGAGGAAAGAUGAGUUACUUGAUAUUGCAAAGUCAAAGCAAGAGCGUACAAACACUGAACUGCAUAAUCUGAGACAGAUUUAUGUAAAGCAACAGAGUGAUCUGCAGUUUCUUCAUUUCAAUGUGGAAAAUUCUCAGGAAUUAAUACAGAUAUAUGACUCAAAGAUGGAGGAAUCAAAGGCUCUCGAAUCCAGCAGAGACAUGUGUCUAGCAGACCUUGAAAAUCACCACCCAAGAUUCGAUGUUAAGAGGGAGAAAAAUCAGAAAUUACUGGUUAAGGACCAAAAAUUUGAGACCAUGAUGGUUCACCAAAAUACAUCAGACAAGAGCUCUUGCAAUGUAUGUGAAGAGAAGAAAUCACAGGUUAAUCCUUCAUUUGGGGAAAAAAAUAUCACUGCUAGUUCAUAUCUAUUUACCAAAGACUCAGUGGAGAAACAAAAAUCCUGGUCUCUGGAAGGAAAAAUUCAGAUUGAACCUGAAAACAAAAGUACGUUGUGCAAGAUCCAUGCAAAGUCACCAAAAGGUAAUGAAAUUGGGAUUCAGAAUGGAAAGAAACAAGUAUCUGAAGUAUCUUUAACUAAUGAAAAACAGUGGCAUGAUUUCAGUGUUUACCUGGACCUGGCCAAUUGUUCUGGUUCAAAACAACCAAAAAAGCUGGAUGUUGAAUGUCAAGAUCAGAUGGAAAGGUCUGAAGUCUUGUGUUGCCAGAAAAAUGAAGCCUGUCUGGGUGACAGUGACAUUUGUGAAGCUAAGUGCUGCCACCCUAGUAACUUCAUAAUUGAAGCCCCAGGCCACAUAUCUGAUACAGAGUGGAUGAGUAUUUUCAAGCCUUCUAAGGUGGAAAGAAUUGUUCGCCACAAAUCUGUCUGCACUUGUUCAGAAAACAUCAGUGAAACAAAAUCUAACUCCUCCACAAGUGAGCCAGUUGCCAUCCAGCAUUCCCUUUGUUUGAGUUCUUCAAAAUCUACCUUAAGAGGAGAUGAGAAUUUCAUAGAGACAGACUUCUCUUCUGAUAAAAAGAACUCACCUAAGAUUUUAUUAAUCAACAAAGAGGCAGCCUUGCCCAGUGAAAAGGAUGAUUUUUCUCCCACCAGUAAGCUUCAGCGUUUGCUGGCAGAAUCUCGUCAGAUGGUUACUGACCUGGAGCUGAGUACCCUGCUCCCCAUUAGCUCUGAGGGUGGCAGCAGCAGUGCCAGACAUAACUUAGACUUCUCAGAAGAGUCAGCUCUAAAAAGUACCCUGACAAUUGAAGAAAACAAAAGUUGACUUCAAUAUUCAGCAUGAUCACAGAAGCAGAUUGCUCAUCUGUGUGGAAGGCAGGAAGCAGACAUCAAUACCGAGUACUUAACCUUGUGAAAAAAGAGGAUUUUAAUCUUUUGUAAGCCACAUUUAAUACCAAAGGGGAGCAGAAACUGAAAUCUAGUUUUUUAACCAUCUAUGUGUUGUUUUCAAGUUAACUGUUUUCAUGGUUAAGAAAUAUAUACUUGGAAAUUAGACCUUAUUGCAUAUUGUAUAUGUACAAACUUGUAAUUAUGCUAGGGGUAAAAAAAGACUGUAAAAAUGUGGACUACAGUUAAAUACUAGAGAAGCUCUUUGAAAGUGUUAACAUAAAAUAGAGAACCCCUGCAUUUGUUAAUUAAUGGUAUAAAAUGCUAUUUUAACUAUCUGAAUUUUUUAAACCUGUGCAUGUGUUUAAAUUAGCUUAUCAGAGUUAGCUCCAAAUAUAUGAGAAAUAGUAUUCUCUCCUUUUGUGGUUUAAUCUCUGACUUUGCUGUGUAAAUAUACAUAAAAUGAAAUGAUAUAAUAUGCUUUUAACUGGAAAAUAUCUCCUUGGUGACUGACAAUUGAGGUCCUUCUGUCUAAAAGCUGAACAGAGCCCCAAAUUGUCUGGGUCUAUAGUUUUCCUUUCUACUUAUGCAAAUGAAAUCUGUUAGAAUAUCAAGUUUUAUAUGCAUUUUUUUUAACCACUAAAGAAUAAAACACUUUAGUUUUAA